UAUCUUUUCCCGUUUUAUAGAAGAAAAUAAAAAAACCAUUAUCCCCUUUCUCUGGCUACAUCCAUUCAUCAGUGUCCAAAACCAUGGCGGUUUCCUUAUCAUCUCUCACAGCUACUCUUUCUUCACUCUCAUUUUCCUCCAACAUCUCUCAUAAACCAACCACUCUUUCUCUCUCCAGAACCCUCUCCCGCUCUCCCAAAUUCUCUUCAUUCUCUCUUUCCGCAACAUCACUCGUUGCUCCUUCCGAACCGGAAAUCGACGACCUCCGAAAAUACGUCAAAUCAAGACUUCCCGGUGGAUUCGCCGCUCAAACUAUCAUCGGUACUGGUCGCCGGAAAUCUGCCGUCGCUCGGGUUGUUCUCCAGGAAGGAACUGGCAAAAUUGUCAUUAAUUACCGUGACGCAAAGGAAUAUCUUCAGGGAAAUCCGUUGUGGCUUCAAUACAUUAAGGUGCCCUUAAUAACUUUGGGAUAUGAAAAUAGUUAUGAUGUAUUUAUUAAAGCUGAGGGUGGUGGCCUCUCCGGCCAGGCACAGGCAAUCACCCUUGGCAUUGCUCGUGCGUUGCUAAAGGUGAGUGAAGGUCAUAGAGUACCUUUGAGACAACAAGGGCUUCUGACCAGAGAUUCUAGAGUUGUUGAGAGGAAGAAAGUUGGUCUCAAGAAAGCUCGUAAAGCCCCUCAAUAUUCCAAACGUUGAUGUUGGAGUUUUUCAUAUAUGGUCUGGUCUGUCUUUUUCUUUCUUCUCUGUAUUCUUGUAGUUGGUUACUUGCGGUUUCAGAACUAUCAAUUGUAGGUUUCCCCUGAGGCAUCUGUAUACGGAAUCCUGCCCUUUGUUUUCAUAUUUCUUAUUCGCUUGAUUGUAUUGAAUUGCGAAAUGUAGGUAAUAGCCAGUCAAGAUAACCUUUUUACUAUGUCGAAGGUCUCAUUAUGUGUAUUUGUUCCCGAAUUAGGUGUAUUGAAAGCCUGUGAAAAGAUUGUUUCUGAAUAUCUCAACUAUCUGUAAAAUUUCUGACGA